AUGUUGCGAGUGCAAGGCUUCCUUGGCAAGUGUAAUUUAUCUCAUUACAGCAACUGGACUGGGCUGCAAAUUAAUCUUAAUUCUUCAUGUCUCCCUCUGACACAAAGUGUUGACCAAUGUAACCGGUCACGUACACACAAUGUACCUACUGUUCCUCAAGUGUCAGAAGAUGCUAACAGAAACAGUGCUCUCAACGGAAACAACAAGCACACAAGCCUUCAAGUAGCUGAUAAUGUGAACUCCAGCUUGUCCUGUGAUAUUGUCAUUGAUCCCACCUUACUGCAAGGUUUGGGUAACAAUGUUAUACGAUAUGCUAUUCAAAAUCAGUGCUAUCUGUUGAUUGUGUCAUACUCCAAUCAGGCCACAAACAAGUAUGCCAUCUGCUUCCCAAUCUAUGCCCCUAACUUCAUCCCCAGGGCCAGGCAGGUUGAUGACUCUGAGGACACAGAGGCCUGGAUUGCCCAGGAAAAAAAGGCACAGCAAAAACGGCUGCAUAAAGAAGACACCAUGGAUAUAUAUGAAGUCUCUAUAGCAAAAUUACCCAGCAAAUCAGAAAUCCAGCUGCAUUUAUCGCAACAGGAAACAAGAAAUAGAGUGGCCCAAGGAACCACUGGGGUGUUAUUGGUGGGUCUGAAGUUGGAAGAGACUCAGAUACAGCUGCAAAUGUAUGGAAAACAAAUCAAACAAAAGGGCACAACCACAAAAAAAUUGGAGUUAGAGGAAAGGUGUCAACACCUGAUCUCCCGUGUAGAUGCCUUUGACCUCAAGGUUGAAAUAUAUUUAGAAAUAUUGAGAAAAUAUCAAGAGCUCAAACCAAACCACCUCAAGACAAGUACCCAGCUCAUGAAUCCUAAUGCAACCGGACUCCACAACGCUGCAUUGCCAUGGUUUUGGAGCAUGGAUCUGAAAGGUGACACCUCCCAACAGACCUGGAUGUCUGAAUUUUACCGGGUUCACUGGCUGAGAGUAAAAGCCAUGUACAAUAGGUGGAUAGAAGAGGAUAUUCUGGCGCGCCUCGAGAUGAAGUGGACAGUUCAGUAUUUUCAACAUCAAGCUAAGCGUUGGAAGGAUUUUUAUAAUGCCAAUGAAAUGGAGGCUAAACCCAGUCAUGUAGCAUAUGCAGAGAGGCAAAUCAGGAUGUGGAACCAGUUCUCAGAACAGGCAAAGGACUCAUUCCAGAGGCUAGGCAUAGUGGUUUGA